CUUGACCAAUCUCGUUUGGUGUCACAGCUGCUGGUGGUGGUUGCUCAGUGGCCGUGUGCUGGUUGUUGAGGUUUCACCUCCGAUGAGGUGGUCUGCGCCUUGGCUUUGUGCUUCUGUUUUCUUAUGAACAUCGCAGGCAAUGGAAAUCGAGAAUCUUCACGGCGGUGUUGAUGGAAGCGAGGACAAAAUGGGCACUCUCGUAGAGCUGGUCCACAUCAGCAAGCACGGAACACCCGAACAAUUCAGAUUAGAUGAAGAUGGUGGCGUCACUGGGCUCUCUAGCUUCGAGGAUCUGUUAGAAAUAAUCAAUCCGCUUGGUCGUUGGAACGUUACUACGUUAUUCUUCUGCUCUAUGGCUUGCGCCUUGCUCCCGCUGCAGGCCCUCUCAUACCAGUUUCUGGGCAGCACUCCGGAACACUGGUGCCAUGUCAAGCCUCUGGCUGAAAGCAACUGGACGCGAAAACAAAUGGUAGACCUCGCUAUUCCUUUAUAUAGCAGUGACCCAAAUGAAAAGAGCUGCAAAUUCUAUAAUUACAAUUACUCAAAGGCGGUGGAAAUUGGAUAUGAAGCUGCCAUGGAAAACAGAAAGUCGAUCUCCAUCGGGGACGGAAGUCCCAUCUACUGCCCAUCUCGAGAUUUCAACACAAGUCACUAUAAAUUCACUCUCGUCGCUGAGUGGGAUUUGGUUUGUGAAAGACGAGCUUUGUAUUCAACGACCCAGUCCACGACGCACAUUGGCAUCCUCCUUGGGGAUCUGUUUUUCAGCUGCCUGAUGGAUAAGUUCGGUCGCAGGCCCGUCGUCCUUUUCUGCUCUGUGGCAAGUCUGAUAUCUGGUUUAGGAGCAGCGGCUUCACCCAGUUUUAUUAUUUACAUUAUUCUGAAAACUGCAGUUACCUUCUUCAUGAUGGGUAUCACCACAGGGUGCUUUGUUCAUGUAAUAGAAAUGUGUACGUCCAGUCAGCGAUCCUCAGUUGGGACCACUGGAACUCUGCCUUGGUCACUGGGCUUCAUGCUGGUGCCAGGCAUUGCUUGUCUCGUUAAACCCUGGAGAUGGCUGCAGGUCGCUUACACUCUUCCGUUGCUUUUCACCUCAUCUUAUUACUGGAUUAUGACUGAAUCUCCCCGUUGGUUGAUAUCACAUGGCCGCUACAGGGAAGCUGUAGAGAUUCUGUCAAGAGCUGCCAAAGUCAAUGGUCGUGCUUUUCCGCCAUCUGAUGCCGUCAUUGUAUCCAUGAAGAACAUUAGUCCACCGAGAAAGCCCACGACGGAAGCGAAAACUUUCCACCCCGUCGUGGGUCAUCUCAGACAUCUGAUGGUACUGUUGCUGAGGAAAGAAUAUCGAAAGAAGAUACUCAUCUCUUACUUCUGCUGGUUUGCCUCAUGUAUGGUGUACUACGGGAUUUCGCUGAACUCCACCAACCUCAGUACUGAUCCCUACCUGUACGUGGUCCUGGGAUGUGUGGUAGAACUCCCUACCUAUUUCAUAGCCUGGUUCUGCAUUUCUCACUUGGGCAGAAAGUUGUCUCUCAUUAUUUGCUAUUUAGUGAGCAGCGCCGCCGUUUGCGGAAUCGCCAUCAUCCUGGCAACGCUGGAAACAGUGCCUUUCAGCUUGUUGAUGUUCUUGUGCCUGAGUGGGAAGAUCGCUAUCAUCACAUCUUUUGUCAUAUGUUUCGUGUACACAUCUGAGCUCUUCCCAACUAGAUACCGACCCUUGGCAAUGGGACAGUCAAACGUCAUGGCUCGUGUGGGAAGCAUCACGGCACCUUACAUCAAUGACAUAUUGGGUACCGAGAUCCUCUGGGCUCCCUCUGCCAUGUUUGCUGUGAUUUCAGCCAUAGCCGCUUUCUUGUGUCCGCUUCUCCCAGAGACAAGGGGAUCCAUCAUGGCAGAAAAUGUAGAAAAUAAAAAGGAGAGGGAAGAUGACAACAACAUCAUUUUAUUACAACGCCCUGUAUCUGUAUAAAGAUAGAUAUCAAUUUAGUUGUUACUUUAUAUAAAUAAUGAAUGGUUGUUACCUAGAGUAGAAAUAGCUCUGUCACAGAUUUUCUCAUACCUACUUCAAUACAUUGCUGAAAUCACUUCAUCAUAUUCCAAUCUAUCUAGAACAGGGGGUUUCAACCUUUUUUUCACCACGUACCCUUUCAGGUAUUUUUAAUGUUAGUGAUGAAACCCCUCCACUACGUAUAAGGAAAGCAAAACAAUGUCAGAAAAAAUUCCAUUGUGUAUAUUUGCAAGUAUUGUGCUGAAGGGAAGUACAUAAUUAUCCUGACGUAACCUGUAUUUUUGUAAACACAAGGAACUCCAUUAAAAAUAAAGAAACUUUUUUGUGUAAUUAUUUACCUGUUUCUAUGCAGUAAAAUUUCAAGGUUAUGGUACUAAGCUGUAAAAACAAAAUGCAUUAUUAUUACAUCAGCAGCAAAGGGAGUUAAUGAGAUUGCUGAAACUGUUUUUCUUCAGCUAGCCUAGUCAGCCGGGGAGCAGUUUUUGCUAAAGCACAACGAAAGCCGGCUUCCAUAUUCAUUCGAGACCUUAGUUUUGAUUUUAUGACAAUUAAGUGGGAAAACGCAGUUUCCAACAAAUACUACGUUCAUGGGAAAAGCAACUGAGA